CCAGAGGUUCUGGACAUUAUGCUGGACAUCUUUGAAGCCAUGAAGAGGGACUGCAACAUCAAUCACCAGAACAAGAAUGGCGAGACACCCUUGAUUCUGGCUGCCAGGUUAGAUAUGGCUAUCUGUAAUUUCUGUUUUUUAUGUAUUGAAUAUUGUUUGAAUUUUGGAAACAGUCUUCUUCAUAUGCUGACCUCCCUGUCGGUCACCAGACCUGGGAGAUGUGGACACUUCUUGGAGGUCAUUCAGGUGAUUCUGGACAGAGCUCCCAUGUGGUAUGGUGGAAGGCAGAGCAUGAGAAUCAAAGACAAGGAUCAGGAUUUCCUGUUUGUGAGAAGGCGGGCUAUUCUGAAACUGACAACUGAGAUCCCCAAUAACAGUGGGCUGACUGUCCUUGAUCUUGCCUGCAAGGUAGGACAGAUCACAAGAUAUGAUGUUACCAACAUCAUUCCAAGAACUAUCGGCUCCCUGAGCAUGAGCUUCCCUAGCAACAAAGUGACCCCUCGGACAAGCUGUCUGACCUGGCUGCUUGUUAGUGGUCGGACACUGCCCCAAAAUGCUGCCAAAGUGCUGGACAUCCAGCCGUUCUGUGAUAUUGAAGCUGCCUAUGGUGCUGUAGCCAACUGGAGUUAUGCCAUCCUUAUGGCAAUGCACAUCUUGUACAUGAGUGUGUUCAGCAGGGGCAUCAUAUUCACAAUUUUUUUUCUUUCCCUUGUUCAAGCUGGUCAGGUCUGGAUUCUGCUGAAUGAUUCUCGACUGCGCCCUGGAGAUAGAGGUGUCCACAGCUCUGCCCUGGUGACUUACAUCAUCGUGCCUCUGGAACCGCUGAUCAUAAUUUUGUACUCUGUCUAUAGACUGACCAAAUUUUGUUGUUGCUCUGGAGAUAUCAGCUCCAGACACAGGUUCUCACAGACAGAGCAUAUGCUAAAGACAAGCCUGAUGGUUCUGAUCAGCCACAUCUAUUGCCUGUUUGUCAUCUUGUGGAUCGUCAUGUACAUCACAGAUUUCUGGUUUAUGGACAUCUUUCUAUCAAUAGCCUUAUGUUUGGGCUGGAUGCUGUCGAUCGCUUUUACCAGAGGGUUCAAGGUCAUCAACUACUUCUGGCGGUUGAUUCAGAUCAUGAUUGUCCGGGAUGUGUUCAAGUUUCUUGUCAUCUACUUGUUCAUUUUGCUGGCUUUCUCGUUUGAUUUCCAUGCUCAGUUUCAAGGUAUUUCUGAUGAUGUAGUCAACAUAUACCCAAAUCCAGCCUACACAAUAUUUCUGAUGUUUAACAUGAUGAUUGGUAUGGAGUACGUGUUCCAAGGGGAUGUCGUCAGUGACGGCUUGAAGGCUGAAAGCAGAAGUGAUGUCUUCAUGAAGAUUUUGUACAUUCUGUACAUGAUCCUAGCAACCAUUGUCCUGUUAAACAUUCUCAUUGCCAUGAUGAAUGACUCCUAUCAGGAGAUUCUAGAG